AUGGAAAGGGUCGGGUUUGGACGGAAUAAGAACUUCAAUGUAGUUCAAUAUUGGCAACAGAGGGAACUGUAGGUCUUAAUAUGUUCUUCUUGAACUUUUAGCGGAUUCCGAGGUCUCUCGCAAAGCCGAAGACUCAUUGAUUAUCGAAUCGGAUGUCUGAAGUUGAGUGAAACCGAGAUUAUUCGAUAUCCAGACGAUCGACCGUCAACUUCAUCUGCGAUGGCCUUCGACCAGAGCGAAUAUCGAUUGUAGGUGUGAUGAAUAAUAUUACUUGACGCUCUCAACCUCUCACUUUAUCACAUUUACAGCUUAGUUUGUGGAGGGAGGGCGGGAGACAUUCGGAUCUUUGAUUUGGAUUCUCCCGAAUUGCCAGACCCCGCUCACCCCUGGGAACAUACUUGUUAUAGUGCCAAUAAAGGACAGUAAGUUGCAGAAAUUGAUGGUUUUAGAGUUUCGCAGGAUGAUGACAAUUUUUGUUUAUUAUAAUUUGAUAACAGUUUUGAUUUAUUUAAAUUCUUGCCUUCGUAUAAGAUGUCGCCUGAUUUUAGAUGGCACAAGGGCGCCGUGAUGAAGGUCCAGUUCUAUCCCAUCGAUUCGGGCGUCUUCUGUAGUGCCGGAAGGGAUUCCAAAGUAAGGUUAUACAAUUCGGAGACCCUCCAAGUCAUCGAUGAAUCCCAUUUGCCCGAACCAAUCAGAGACGCCCACUGGGGAAUGGCCUCCAGUUCCGGGGGUAUCAUCGCCGUUGCCUUGGGAAGUCAUGCGAUUCGACUGGUCGAUCCUCGAUUACGGCAUCAUAUCCAUCAACUCAGAUGGCCUGGAGUUACGGUGCAGUCAGUUCAGUUCGGAGAUUGUUUGAAAAGUCCGUACGUGUUUGGAGGAUCGGUCAACGGCCAUUGUGUGGUCUGGGAUAUACGGUAAGCAGAAUUGAUUUCAAUUUCUUUGUUAUAAAUUUAUUUUGGGAAUUUAUGUUAUCCAUUGCAGUAAUCCUGGAAUUGUGAUGGAAGAUUUGAUCGCCCCAAAGAGUAUAUUGAAUAGCAAAAAGAGACGAGCGCACAUGUCUGAAAUCCGAGCAAUCCGAAUAUCAGAUUCCAAAAAAUAUGUCGUCACCUUGAGCACCGGCAAAGAUGUUCAUAUUUGGGAUGCGAGAGAUCUCUCGUUCAAACAUCGACUUGAUGUGAGUGUCUGUUGUAUAGAUUAGUAGAUUUUUUUCAUUGUUUAAGACCUUAUUUUUGAUCUUAUUUUAGUUGACAUGGACAAGAUCCGAAGAUCGAAGGCAACUAAUGGAGAUCUCCGAAGAGGGAGAGAAUCUUUAUGCUCAUGUGGGAAUGGGAGAAGACUUACUUGUAUGCAAUGUCACACCGAAACAAGAGAGAAGACCAAAAAUUACAAGGAAAUAUAAAAACUUUAGAAAAGAAGAAGAGAAGGAAGAAAUUAAGGAAAUUAAAGAAGAAAAUGAUGAAGAGGACGAUGAUGUGGUCAAAAGACGCAGAGUUCUCCCUAGGACAUGCAAAAAACCGAAGAGUCUUGCCAAUUAUGAUGACGUGAAACUGCACCAAGGACACUAUCACAAUAUCAUGUCGAUCGCUUACCAGAAGCAAAGACAGAGGAUUGUGACGUCAGGAGCUGAUGGACACACUUUAUUAUGGAUCCCGGCCAUGGAUGAGACCCUCUCCGACACCAGAGCACAACAUAUCGCCCGACUUUAUGAGGAUGAUCUCAGUGAUGACGAUUGA